GGCUCGAGGGCGCCCAGGGCGCAGUGGCGGGGCGGACAGGCCGCGCGGCCGCAGGGCGGCGAUGGAGGGCGCCGCACAGCGGAGGCUGUUUGAGUACCGCGGGUUGGAGGUCGCGUACUGUGAUCUGCCGCCCACGGACGACCACCUGCUGUACGGCUACGCCGCGUGGCCGGUGUCGGAGCUGCUGGCCAGGCUGCUGAUCGAUCGCAGCCUCGGCCGCAGCGAGGCCGAUUCAGAGGCCAGCAUCCCAGACGUCAGGCAGCAGGCGGUGCUGGAGGUCGGCGCCGGGGUGGGGCUCGCUGGCCUCGCGUGCAGCGCGCUGGGCGCCCGCGAGG